GUCUGUGACUGCCUGGCCAGACUUAGGGCUCACGCUGUGGUCAGAGUCAUGGCACCCCAGACUCUGCUGCCUGUCCUGGUUCUCUGUGUGCUGCUGCUGCAGGCCCAGGGAGGAUACCGUGACAAGAUGAGGAUGCAGAGAAUCAAGGUCUGUGAGAAGUGACCCAGCAUAGAUCUAUGCAUCCACCACUGUUCAUAUUUCCAAAAGUGUGAAACAAAUAAGAUAUGCUGUUCAGCCUUCUGUGGGAAUGUUUGUAUGAGCAUCCUAUGAGUGGGAGAGUGGGCUGGGAUGUGCAUCCUGCUCCCUGAACCCUUCCAUCCGAGACUGUGCCCACAUCUGAAGCACAAGGACAUCAAAUCAUCAGCACAAGAACAUCAACAGGAAUGCCGCCCUCCCCACUGUCUGAACCCCCUGUCCCUGUCAAAUAAACCAGAACA